AUGGUGUUUACGAAAAUCUCGUCGCUAUUCAAGACGCAGUGGAAGCUGCUGCGUGACGCGUUUGACAAUGAAAACCACGAGCGUCGUGUGCAGCAGCGGCAAGAGAAGCGGCGCUCAAAGCAGCAACGAAAGGCGGCGCGCAGAGCUGCCCGGGAGGCGCGGCGGGCGCGGCGCAAACAGCGUCAUACGCAACACCUGCAGGCGGUCGUGGGCGAGGCGUUAGACGACAAGGAGCGGUCGAUACCCAGCUUUGGGCCCAGAGGCAAGCUAUUGGAAGUCUUGGCUGUCCCACUUGAUUUGGCUUCUUCUUCCGAACUUACAAAGGUCGCCGUUGGAAAUGAAAGUAGUGAACCAAGUGUGGGGCAACAAGACGUAUCCCGACCUUUGCAGAUAGCAAGUCCUUUAUGUAUUGCUACAAAGUCUGCUGUGGCGGACACAACCGUAACGACAGAAGCAAAAGCCAAGGAAGACUUACCACAGCUUCCAAUGGAGCUUGCGCAACGUAAAUUUUACGAUUCACUGGGCGGCUACAGUACAGUGGACGAAGAGGACGACGAAAUCCUGCCAGUUUUCUUGGGUAGCUGUCGGUAUACAUGUGACUCCAAGCUUCCUACUAAUUAUAAAGCUGUCGACAUCAAGAGGGCGGUGGCUUUUACGCAAAAUUUGGAGUCGGUUGCGUACAAAGCAUUGAAGGAAGAAGAGACCAUUGAUGCAAACGAUCUUGUGUCCUUGGAGGUCUUACCUCCCCCUGCACUGCAGCGAAGACCAAGUUCACUCUUUAAAUGCUCAGAAGUGGUGGAGAUGGGUCCUGAGGAUGAGAUGAUUGAUCAACAUGGCAGCGGAAUGUUCGACAGCUACAACAAUGUCGAGAAAGAGUCGCAGGGCCAAUUUUGCAGCACUUCCGAGCUUAAUGGUGCCGUCAACGAGAACAAAGAGGAAGCCGUAGUAAAAAACUCAAUCCAGACCAAUCUGAACGAGGAAAUGCUGCUUAGAAUGUCUACGGUGUUGGGUGCGCUUAAGACAAUAGAGCCACCUAGAAUUCUGGAAAUUUUGGAUGAAAAUGUGCAAAAAAUUGCUUCACCGUGGUUUAGCAAGGAUAAGCUUUUCGAUGACAAUUCGUUUAAGACUGAGUCUGAUAGAGUGCUGGAGUGUUUGGAUGUUGUGUAUGAAGUCAAAAUAGAGUUGACUAAGGUGUCCGAGGAUGCCAAUACAUUGGACCAGGACGAAAUAAAUGCGAAAAAAGAGUCGUUGUAUUCGGCACACGAAGUCAUGCCCGUCCAGAACUCAAGCACGUCUGAUUCUUAUUCGUCCUUAAUACGACCGCACACUUCGUUACCUGAAACGUACUGCCUGGGCACGGUGGAUGAGUACGGCGGCUCCAUCUACCAAAGCCUACGAGCGCGGGAACACCGGUACCACGUGACUGAAGAUAUUUUUGCCAAGCAACAAAGCGUCCGGCCGAGGAUGCGUGCUGUGCUUGUGGACUGGCUGAUUGAAGUGCACCAGCGUUUUGAGCUUGAGGCACAAACUUUGUUUCUGACUGUCAACUAUGUUGACCGAUAUCUGGCACAGGAAUCAGUGAUUCCUCAACGUUUCCAACUUGUAGGGGUGGCAGCAUUAUUGAUUGCCUCCAAGUUUGAAGAAAUUUAUCCGUGUGAUAUGAAUGAUCUCCUGUAUAUUUGUGAGCGGUCGUACUCCAAGACGGACUUGAUUGACUGUGAACGAGAUUUACUUAACGUAUUCAAGUUCAAUCUGGCUGUGCCUAGCGUCAGCACAUUCCUGGGGUUUUAUCUGGAGCACUUUGACGAAGACGACAAGAUUAUUGAGCAAUUGGCUAACUAUUUCGCAGAGUGUUCACUGCUUGACUUUACAUUUAGCGCCACCUACGAGCCCUCAAUUGUAGCGUGUGCAUGUUUGCUCGCAGCCAACUGCUACGUUGAAAAUCAAUCACCAAGCCUUGUGUGGAACUACCGCCUUGUAGAAAUCACAGGCUACGCAGUUGAGGCGAUUGUCCCGUGCACACAGGACCUGUCCUCAAUUUUGAUUCAACCGACCGAGUUGACUGCCGUCGCGACCAAGUACAGUGGUAACGAAUUUGGUAAGGUUGCUGAUUUGCUGCUGGAUGAUCUAGAGGGACUGCUAUGCUGA